UGUACGUGUCCAUAGUGCGCACGUAGCUCGACCCCAAGUAUCACGGAAGUAGUCAGAGCCCGAGUUGAUCAGACGCUCGUCGCGCUAACCUAUUGUAAACGCGCAAAACACUAGGGACAGUCACGGGGGAUCGCGUGACGUUCCGGGAAGAAAGGAACGUCGGCGGUGGCUGAGUGCACAACUUUGUACCUUGCCGUUCGUCCGUACAGAGAGAGGAGAGAGAUCGGUCUACGAGAUCGAUCGAAGCUUCGCCAUUCAGAGAACGAGCGAAAGGUGUGAAACAAGUAGAAGAGGAUAGAAGAAACAUUCGAAGAGAGAGUAAUAAAAAGAAGAGGGAAGAAGAUCGUCGUGAAACACGUUCUAUCUACGCCCGUGGCGAUCGUUUGAACGGACGAUUAGCACGCGAUACGCGCGCCUUGCUAUACUUGGUUCUUUCCAUCUUUUUUUGUUCGUUCAUCUGUACGUUCGCGGAAUCGGUACACGACAACGAUAACCCUUACGUUCCACCCGCCACGUACCGUGUUCUAAUUAACGUUCCAGUGAUAAACACGUGUGCUCUGGAGUGCAGGAGAAAUCGAAGAAAAAGGGCAAGCGAACAGAGGAGGCAAAGAUUUAUUUUCCCAUUCGGACGAUGCUGUUACCGUUCGACACAAGUGACAAGCUCUAAUCGAAAGGACAUACAUAUACGCACACACACGUAUAUAUACACAUACUCUGGUCGAAGAGACACGCGUUUUUCAGUAUUUUCGUCGUUCUGUGUGCAGUCGGUGUGUUGAAACUUCCCUUGGGUGUGCAUCAGAGGUAUAUAAGAAGAGAAAAAAAGAACAGACGUAUAGAGAGUUGAUGCAACGAUCGGGUACGUUACCGCGUGCAUCGCUUGGUCGUUUCCCUUACUAUGCACACUGAGAGGUACCCGACUACUAUGAGAGAAUGAGCUGCUCGGUGAAAAUCUCGUGUGGCAAGAGCUGGAGUGGAUCGCAGCGAAGGAUCAACUCCCUCGCGGAGGAAACUACGUGCCCUACCGGUGGAAGCACAAGCUGCGCCGGUCUAGCGGCACAACCGGCCGCCGUAGCGUCGACUUCGACGUCGACCACGGCCACCACGUUCACCACGACCAUCGCAAACACCGUCAGCCUGAGCACGCUGAUCAGCGGCAGCCAGAGGCUCGCGCCGCCGCGUCCUGUCAAGUCGAUCGCCGCUAAAAAAGGGGAGGAUACCACGAAACUGCUCAAGUACAUCGACGAUAACGUCAUCGGCAAGAACGGCACGUUCUUCGGACCAUUCGGCCGCAGGAAAGUGGUCUACUGCGAUUACACGGCAUCCGGAAGGUCGCUGCAAUUCCUCGAAGAGUACAUCGCGAAGGAGGUGCUGCCAUAUUUGGGCGACACCCGUGCGUCCACGUCUAUCUGCAGCCUCCAGUCUUCUCUGUUCAGACACGAAGCAAGAGACAUCGUGAGACAUGCAGUGGGGGCUGGCGAGCAGGAUGCGGUUUUGUUCACGGGUCAAGGCACGGCAGCUGCCCUUCGCACACUUCUGCGACACCUCGAUCUCUCCAUGUCGACGGUGGUGUUCGUGGGACCGUUCGAGCAUCACGCGAAUCUACGACCUUGGCGGGAGCAUGGUCUCAGGAUAGUACGAGUGUCCGAGACCCGGGAGGGUUUCUUGGAUCUGAACGAUCUCGAAAGGAACCUGCUUAAAGUACGAGCCGAGGGUGUUACGCAAAUGAUCGGAUGCUUCAGCGCUGCCAGUUGCAUAACCGGGGUUUUGGCAGAUGACGUCGCGACGACCCUCCUACUGCACCAGUAUGGGGCACUUAGCGUCUGGGAUUACACCACAGCAGCCCCGUACGUUCAAAUCGAUAUGAACCCACAUCUGCCCAGUGUCGGCGAGACAGCGGUGCACAAAGACGCGAUUAUUUUCGCCGGGCACAAGUUCAUCGGCGGAGUUCAAUCCCCCGGUGUGCUCGUGACCAAACGGUCCCUCUUGAAAGAUAAAAUUGCCACGGAGGACAUGAGGGACUCUCAUCACUAUCACCGCGAUCCGGAGCUCCGCGAGGAGAGCGGCACUGCCGGUGUCGUCGAGAGCAUCAGAUGCGGCCUCGCUGUACAGCUCAAGGAGAACGUCACGCCGCGAGCGAUCGUCGCUCGUCAAGAUAAGAUUUCCAGGCAAGUGCUGGCUCACGUACGCACGAUUCCGGAACUGAUUCUGCUCGGCAGCGGCUCGCAGAAUGUUAAAAGGUUGCCGAUCUUUUCGUUCGUGGUGCGUCAUCCGCGAGGCACGUUUCUCCAUCACAACUUCGUGUGCGCGGUGCUGAACGACGUGUUCGGUAUACAGGCUCGCGGUGGAUGCGCUUGCGCCGGUCGUUAUGCUCAUGACCUGAUGGGAAUCGACCAGGAACUCGCCAAGGAGUACCAGAAAGCUCUGGUGGAAGGAGAGCGGAACAUCGAGAACGAGGAGACGAACGCGGAAGGUUUGAGGCCAGGUUUCGCCAAACUCUCUUUCCCCUAUUUCAUGUCCGAGGCAGAGGUCGCGUUCGUUUUGGAAGCAUUGAAAAUGGUUGCCACGGAAGGUUGGAAAUUGCUACCGCAAUACGUGCUGAACCCGGAUACAGGUGAAUGGCGGCACCACACGAACAGCGUGUUCAAAGAGCGAAAGUGGCUCAGCUCGAUCAGAUACACGGAUGGGAAGAUGAACGCUUCCGAGAGACGUGUAUCCGGCUCGGGUGUUCUUCCGCAGAACUACGGCGAUUGUCUGCAAACGGCACGGAACAUCUUCAACCGUGCUAGAAAAAUGGCGCUGAGGUAUCCGCUCCAGAUAGAUCGUAGCUACAACUUUGUGUCUGAACGUCUCGAAUCGCUACGGUGGUUCAUGCUGCCGAGCGAGGCGCAGGAUCUUCUGCUGGGUAACUCGCAGAACGUGAAGCAAGACGUGCCUUUCAAUCCGAUGUUGUCGUGGAGCAAACAUGGCCAUCACACGCCUACAACCACGCAAGACAGUCUGGUGAAUUGUCUAGCCUUGGCUAAUAGCAUCCGUCGACUGAACAGCGACAUUCCUCGAACGGGAAACACUCCGAUCUCGUCCAAUUCACCCAGACAUCGAAGUCUUCCUGUAUUGAGCACCGUGAGGAAAACAUUGCUGAACGCUGUCGAGUUUCAGACAUCUACCACGAGUCCGAGCAGCAGCUUCGAGGAGGAACACGCGUCUGCCGCGACCGAUAAAGAUAGAAACAACCACUCGACGGGUCAGAGGUCACCUGCUACUUGCCCCAGCUCACCGAUGCCUGUGAGAUUCGCCGUUGGCGAGGCGGUCACGCCUUCGGUCCUCGGCACGAUGUCUCACACGGGCAACAGGCCAAUUAAAGAGCAAAGAGAUCUUAUGGACGCUGCCAACGCUGGUCGUGCCAGGUGCAACUCGCUCGGCAGCACCAGCGGAGGAGGGAACGAUUCAGGGAACAGGAACGUGGCAUCUUCGUCGUCUUCGCCCGUCCCUCCCCUACCUCUCAGCCCUCAAACGUUGACCAGCUUGGGUUUGAGUACGAACAACGGCAACUCCUCCAAGCACAAGCGCCAUCAUUGCAGCUGCAGCAGCCAGACAGACUUGAACUCUCUGGAGCUCGACAACGGCAGCCCGAGUCACUCUAUCUUGUCCUUGAACUGUCACAACGCGGCCUCGCCCCCGUCUUCUUACUCCUCCGUCAGCGAUUACACGGAGAAGUUCGUAGGCGGGGGUAGAUCGUCGCCUGUUUCCGUGAACUGUCAGAGGUCCGAGGACGAUUUGAGCGCGUACGUGAAAGAGGUGACUAAAGAGUUGGCCACGGAGAUCAAGUCGGAGAUUCGCGAGGUGAUCUCCAAGGUGAAAAAAAACACUUGCGAGAAUACUCCGCAACAUCAUUCGCGCAACCUAAGCGCCAUCAGUCAGCUGUCCGUGGAGGACAAACAGAUGAGACACGAUUCGUUCACCGCGAGCGACAUAGCGGAGUACUUGAUGGAAUUUUCCAAGGAGAUGGCCAGCGAGGUGAAGUCCGAGAUCAGAUGCAUGGUGAACGCCGUGGACGGACUGCACAGACACUCCCCCGAUGCAUCGGCCUCCGACGUUUCCUCGAGCGGCUGCGGCUCUCCAGACAGAGGACGCAUCGUGCAGUCCUCGUCGUCGCCAAGAAUGUCGGGCGCCAGACGUAGCGGACCGAUCGAGAUCUCCGGCAAGGUCGGCGAGCUCACGCAACAGGAGAGCAAAAUGUCCAGCGAGUGUUCGUCCGACGAAACGGUGAUAUACGUGAUGAAACCGCCGGAGAACGAGCAGCUGGUGCGCAACCAGUCGAAAACCGACGACGAGGAAGUGGUACCCGACCUGGACGACGAUUUGAACGACGACGAUACUCACGAGCGCGGCGGAUUGGAGAUCGGUGACGCGCGUAAAGUUCUCCCGAAGAUCUACUCCGCGGUGAACUCGGUCAGCUCUCAAGACAGCGGUAUCAAUCUGUCUUUCCACGAGAGCGACAAGUCUCUAGACUCGGUAGACUUGAAACGCAGCAGCAGCGCCGAGUCGAACUCGGCGAACAGCUACGGUCGCAAGGCGAGAGCAACCUCGAUGACCGCUUUGUCCAACAAAUCCGGCUGCAAGCAACAAGUCCGUCAGAACGACGACUUCUCCGAGGACGAAGAGUGUUCCAGCGAUCUGAAGGAGGAAGAGGACGGCGACCAAGCGACGAGCUUCGAGUCUAAAGACGGCAAACCGGAAGUGCCUCGACCUCAAUGGCACUGUCCUCCUAAGAACAUCUGGAAACCAGCUGUGGAAGCUAUGCAAGAGUUCGACAUGAUUCGGGACAACGACAGAGUGCUCGUCUGUCUCUCGACCACCGGCAAAGAUUCUCUAUCGUUGCUACACACGUUGCACCAAUAUCGUUUCUACGUUCGAUCGAAGGGCGUGGACUUCGAGAUCGGCGCGGCCACCGUGGACGCGAACAGAUUCGAUCCCCUCGAGCUGAUGAGCUACUUGAAAGCCCUGGACGUUCCUUACUUCUACGAGGAGCAGAGCAACGAGUUGCCUAAAUGCAACAGCGGCGAGAGCCAGCUUGAAGUGGCGGCUGUGGACGCGAGCGGAGCGUGCAGCUUUUGCAAUCGAACGACCAGGGCGCAAUUAUACGCGAUCGCCAAGCGACACAAUUACAACGUUCUGGCGCUCGGCCAGCAUCUCGACGAUUUGACAGAGGGUUUCCUCGUCUCGGUGUUUCACGGCGGCAGGCUGAAAACCAUGAAGGCCCACUACUACAUACGCCGUCAAGAUCUCAGGGUCGUGCGACCGUUCGUGUACGUUAGGGAAAAGGCGCUGAGGCAGUUUGCCGAGAGCAAGAAGCUGUUGGCUUCGCGGGAAACCGGGUCAAGUGACCUUCCCGAGAAACAAAAACAGAGCAAAGAAUUGAUGCUGCAACAGGAACGCAGCUAUCCGCGUCUCUAUUGGUCCUUGAGGACUGCUCUGAGACCGUUGAUCGACGCUUACGGAAAUCAAAUGGACCUAGACUUGGUAUCUCCGCCUGGAAACAAUUUAGGGAGCAGUUCCGCGCUGCCGAUCGGUGCAGCUGGUAACAGCGGUACCAGCGUGAACAGCCAGCAAAAGAGACAUCGAAGAGUGAAGACGAGUUCAGUGUCGUCGUCGUCAACGAGCCAGUGUCACUCGCAGGUGCACGAGGACAACGACGACACCGACGAGGAACCGGUCCUCUGAGGGAGACCCAUCGCGAGAUGGGAUUACAGUCGUUCUUCGAUCUCAU